AUGGCUGAAUCUUCCUUCGAGAUGGACCACCAGGCCACCCCCAUUUCCUACCGGCCUCACCACACAACUCCGGCCCACUCCCACCGAUCCCCCCGUUUAUCGUUCUACAGCCCUCACACCUAUCCAUUCCCAACAUCUCAUAGAACCCGUUAUACUCGUGUGCCUCCCACCACUCCUUUUUCAUCUGACAAUGACCGUUCAUGGCAAGACGAGAUUUCAUGGCAGUUUGAGCCCACAGGCUGGCAAGACGACCGUGGAACCAUGCUUAGUGCUGCACUAAGUCCAUGGACCGGGCCAGGAACCUCACCCUCCCCAUCCCCUACACCUGGCACCCGUGUAUUUCGCCAAUCAGCUAACGACUAUUACCUUUCUCGUACUUCAAGUAGUGAUCUUUACUUUCAUAACUUCACUAAUCCGUAUUAUGAACAUUCCAGUGUCUUGUCUCCUGGUAGAAUUGAGCUCCAAAGCUAUGUGGCCGAAGAUACUCAUAGAAUUAACCAUCAACCAGAUGGUAGUUCCUUUAUUGGCGGUUACAUCAAGUCUCCUACUUUUGCAAGAAUGGGAACUAGUAUUAAUACCAAAAGGGACCAUUUGGCAGAUAAUGCUGAUCCAAGUAUGAUUGAUGAUGAUAAACAGAAUGAAACACGAAUAAAAGAACAAGAUCCACGAUGGUUCUCUGUUUCUCGUGCCUAUGUUGAUCAGGAUAUGGGGAGAUAUGAUGGUCAUAGUAGUCGUCAUCAUGGGAUUUCCUUUACAAGUCAUGACCAUCAUAAUGUCAAUGGUCUGAACAGUUACAGUCAUGGCUAUGAUGAGGAUAGUCAACAACUGUUUCGUAGUCCUCAGUAUCUUCAAAGUUACGUGCAAGACGGAGACGAGCUUGAUGAGGAUGAGGUUGUACCGCCAAAUACCAUCGGGCUUUUUGGCUUGUUCAAGUAUUCAACAAAAUUGGACAUGUUUCUUGUAAUAAUAGGCUGCUUGGGUGCUUUGAUGAAUGGAGGAUCUCUACCAUGGUAUUCUUAUCUUUUUGGAAAUUUUGUCAACAAGAUUGCAUUAGAAACUGACAAGGACCAGAUGUUAAAAGAUGUCAGAAAGGUAUGUGUGCUUAUGGCAGGAUUGGCAGGAUUAGUGGUAAUUGGAGCCUAUUUACAGAUUGCUUGUUGGCGAUUGGUGGGGGAGCGAUCAGCGCAUAGAAUAAGAACCAAGUACCUAAGGGCAGUUCUAAGACAGGAUAUCAGCUUCUUUGAUGCAGACAUUAGUACAAGUGAUAUCAUGCAUGGAAUCUCAAGUGAUGUUGCUCAAAUCCAAGAAGUUAUGGGAGACAAGAUGGCACACUUCAUUCAUCACAUAUUUACCUUCAUCUGUGGCUACGCAGUUGGUUUCUUAAAAUCCUGGAAGGUUUCUCUUGCAGUUUUAGCUGUCACUCCAUUAACAAUGUUCUGUGGCAUCGCUUAUAAGGCAGUCUAUGUUGGCCUAGCUACAAAAGAAGUGAAUUCUUACAAGAAAGCUGGUAGCCUAGCAGAACAAGCGAUGAGUUCAAUUAGAACUGUAUUUUCUUUCGUAGCAGAAGAGAGUUUAGCAGCAAGAUAUGAUGCAGUAUUGGAUGAAUCAGUGCCAGUGGGAAAGAAACUUGGUUUUGCAAAGGGUAUAGGAAUCGGAGUAAUAUACUUGGUUACUUAUUCAACAUGGGCAUUAGCUUUCUGGUAUGGAUCAAUCUUGGUCUCAAGAAACGAGUUAUCUGGUGGUGCAGCCAUUGCAUGCUUCUUUGGUGUCAAUGUUGGUGGCAGGGGUUUGGCAUUGUCUUUAUCAUACUUUGCUCAAUUUGCACAAGGUACCGUAGCAGCUAGCAGAGUGUUUGAGGUUAUAGAUAGGAUCCCAGCCAUUGAUCCUUAUAGUACCAUAGGGAGAAAGCCCACAAGUGUACAUGGAAAAGUGGAGCUCAAAAGUGUUACUUUUGUUUAUCCAUCUCGCCCGACUGUCCCAAUUCUCAAUUCUCUCAAUUUGGUGAUUCCAUCUCAAAGAACUUCAGCUCUAGUUGGUGCUAGUGGAGCUGGCAAGUCCACAAUUUUUGCUCUUUUGGAGAGGUUCUAUGAUCCUGUUGAGGGCUUGAUAUUGCUGGAUGGUCAAGAUAUAAGGACUUUGCAAGUGAAAUGGCUAAGACGUCAAAUGGGUAUGGUGGGUCAAGAGCCUAUCCUCUUUGCAGACACAAUUCUUGAAAAUAUUCUGAUGGGAAAGGAGAAUGCCACCAAGAAAGAGGCUAUCACUGCUUGCAUUGCUGUGAAUGCACACAAGUUCAUAAGUGAUCUACCAUUAGGCUAUGACACCCAGGUAGGAGACAAAGGAACUCAGCUAUCUGGGGGUCAAAAGCAACGUAUUGCACUGGCUCGUGCAAUGAUCAAAGACCCCAAGAUCCUUCUCUUAGAUGAGCCCACAAGUGCCUUAGAUCCCAAGUCUGAAUCUCUAGUUCAACUGGCCAUUGAGAAAAUCUCAAAAGGGAGAACCACAAUUGUGAUUGCUCACAGGCUGGCAACUGUCAGGAAUGCUGAAACAAUUGUUGUUCUUGAACAAGGAUCUGUUGCUGAAACUGGUGACCACCAUCAGCUCAUGGCAAGAGAAGGUGCUUACUUUGCUCUCAUCAAGCUUGCAUCUGAAGCUGUAUCAACUAACCUCAUAUCUGAAAGAGAUGAAUUGGGUAAAAAGAAUGAAACUUCUGGUACUUAUGAUCUAUCAAAACCAAACCAUGUGUACGAGAUCUCAAUGUCAGGGUACAUGAAAUCUGUUCAAGAGGCGAACGAAGUAGAAACACAAGAAGUAACCAAACAGAAAUCAUACAGGAUUUCUGAAAUAUGGAAACUACAAAAACCCGAGGCCAGUCUGCUGUUUAUUGGCAUAAUUUUUGGGAUGCUGGCUGGUGCUAUACUCUCCUUAUUCCCCUUGGUUUUAGGCCAAGCGCUUAAUGUCUAUUUCAAUCCAGACAAAUCCAAAUUAAAGAAGGAUGUUGGCUACCUCUGUUUGGCACUUGUUGGACUUGGGUUUGGGUGUAUUCUCACUAUGACAGGUCAACAAGGUUUCUGUGGUUGGGCUGGAACAAAACUCACGAAGAGGGUUCGUGAUUUUCUCUUCCAGUCUAUACUGAAACAAGAGCCUGGGUGGUUUGACUCAGACCACAACUCAACCGGUGUACUUGUUUCAAGGCUGUCUGUUGACUGUAUAAGUUUCAGAUCAGUUCUAGGGGACAGAUACUCUGUUCUAUUUAUGGGCUUGAGCUCAGCUGCUGUCGGCCUUACUGUUUCGUUUUAUCUUGAAUGGAGGUUAGCCCUUUUGGCUACUAUUCUUACUCCUUUUACACUUGGAGCUAGCUAUUUUAGCUUGAUCAUCAACAUUGGUUCGAAACUAGAUAAUGGUUCUUAUGACAAAGCCAGUAGUAUAGCUUCUGGUGCAGUAUCAAACAUUCGUACAGUGGCAACUUUUGCUACACAAGAAAAGAUAGUCCGGUCUUUUGAGCAAUCUUUGUUGGAGCCCAAAGCAACUUCUGUGAGAAGAUCACAGAUUACCGGAUUGGCAUUAGGAUUCUCUCAAGGUGCAACGUACUCAGCUUAUACUCUAGUUCUGUUUUUUGGAGCUUACCUUGUAGAACAAAGCUAUACAACAUUUGGAGAUGUCUACAAGAUAUUCUUGAUCCUUGUUUUGAGCUCAUUUUCAGUUGGACAAUUGGCGGGUCUUGCUCCAGAUACUUCAAUGGCCUCCACUGCAAUUCCUGCUGUUUUUGAUAUCCUUAAUCGCAAUCCAUUGAUUCAUGGAAAAGGCAAAGACAUAGAACGAUCAAGGCCAUUUGAUGUGGAGUUCAAGAUGGUGACUUUUGCUUAUCCCUCUAGGCCUGAUGUGAUUGUGUUGAGAGAUUUCUGUUUAAAGGUCAAAGGUGGAACCAUGGUGGCGGUCGUUGGAGGGAGUGGUUCUGGGAAAUCAACACUCAUAUGGUUGACACAAAGGUUCUACGAUCCAAUUCGAGGAAAAGUUCUACUGGGAGGAAUGGAUUUGAGGGAGCUUGACGUGAAAUGGUUGCGCCUUCAAACAGCUUUGGUGGGUCAAGAACCUGCAUUGUUUGCUGGUACAAUACGAGAAAACAUAAGAUUUGGAAACCCCAAUGCCUCAUGGUCAGAGAUUGAAGAAGCUGCGAAAGAAGCUUACAUUCACAAUUUCAUCUGUGGCCUCCCGCAAGGUUAUGAAACUGAGGUUGGUGAUAGUGGGGUUCAACUAUCAGGAGGUCAGAAACAAAGGAUAGCAAUAGCAAGGGCAAUAGUGAAGAAAUCAAAGGUGCUAUUACUAGAUGAAGCAACUAGUGCAUUGGACUUGGAAUCCGAGAAACAUGUUCAAGAAGCGCUUAGGAAGAUCACCAAACGUGCAACCACCAUCGUGGUAGCUCACCGCCUCUCCACAAUCAGAGAAGCUGCCGUUAUAGCGGUGGUCCAAGAUGGUAAGGUGUCUGAAUAUGGAACACAUGACGCCCUCAUGGCUUCUCAUCUUGAUGGUGUCUAUGCUACCCUUGUUCGUUCCGAGAUGGAAGCUAACGUUUUUGCUUAACUAA